UUUAUAGCUUGUUAUUUAUAUUGUGUUAACUUAACUGAAUUCCUCUCAUCUUACGCUUAUUCCCACACUAAACUACAUAUAUGAUUGCAUUUACAAGUUAUUUUUCAGACCUCCCAACCUCCGACUAAGGUCACACUAAAUUUGUUUAUGCAUUAAUUUUUUAGGACAAUACAAAAUAAAACUUAUAAAAAGUUGUGGCAUAAACGUUAAAUUAAAUUAAAAUUAGUUAGCCACUAUGUUUUUGUCGAUCGCGCCGCCCUUAAUGGAUUUCGAGGACGAGCUGCUGUGGAUAAAUCAGUCGAACAGCGAUAAGGUUGAGAUCUUGUACGACAAAUCCAACUAUGUUACUCCCAAUACAAAACACCUCAUAGAACAGGCGUUUCUUCAGCCCCUCAGCCUGCAGGAUCAGCAUAUUUUAUUUGACGAUCUGCUAAAACAAAACACGGACAUUGCACGACAGUAUGGACUGACUCCGGCCAAACUACCUCUCCUAGUUGAAAACAAUCCACUAAUUUCCAUUGAGAUUUUAUUAAGACUGAUGAUGACCACCGACAUAACAGAGUAUUUCAGUAUAUUGGUAAAUAUGGACAUUACGCUGCACUCCAUGGAAGUGGUGAACAGACUAACCACUUCAGGGCCUUUGCCUACGGAGUUUAUUCAUUUAUACAUUAGCAAUUGCAUCUCAACCUGCGAAACAGUUAAGGAUAAGUACAUGCAAUCCCGACUCGUGCGGCUGGUCUGCGUAUUUCUUCAGUCUUUGAUCCGUAACAAGAUUGUGAACGUUAAGGAACUAUUCAUUGAGAUCGAGGCGUUCUGUGUGGGAUUUAGCAAAAUCAAGGAAGCUGCUGCUCUGUACCGUCUCAUCAAACACUUAGAAACCGGUGAAAGUGCCCUGUCUUCCAACUCCCUAACAAAGCAAUGAUCUGAUCUUUUGCUGUUUUAAAAGCUAGCUCAUAAAUAUCAAAAUAAAAUUUAAAAAACUCCCGAUGUA